AUGUUUAAUUCAAGAUUCGUUGGUAUAUUAAGAACUGGUAGAGCCUCUUCAAUGGCUUUAUCAAAACCUUCAUUGAAACCUUCAUUAUUAUUAUCGCCUAUUGUCAGAAAUCACCAAAUUUUGAAACCUUCAUCAAUACUAUUAAGAAAUUACAGAUCCUAUUCAACCAAAUCAGCACCACCUCCACCUCCUCCACCUCCUCCAACAGGAAGUAUGAAAGAUAAGAAUGCUAAAGGUAAACUUCUUCUUAACAGAAUUUCAAGAGCCAUAACUUUUUCAGCUUCCUCAGUAUUAGUCAUAGGUGCUGCAGGUGUCGCCUUGUUGGUAGUAUAUUUGAUAUUAUCAGAAUUAUUUUUACCUUCAGGGGAUACUAAAACAUUCAACAAAGCCAUUAAAUUAGUGGAAAGUAACGAAGAAGCCCAGAAGGAAUUAAAAUUUGAAACAGGUGAAAGAUUGAAAGCAUAUGGUGAAGGACCAGCUGGUAAAUGGGUAAGAAAUAGACCUGUUCAAAGUAUCAGAAUGAAAGAUAAAGAUGGUAAAGAUAGAAUGGUCAUGAGAUUCCAUGUUGAAUCAAGCAAAGGUUUACAUGGUACUGUUUCAUUGGAACAAAUUGAUCAAACCUUCUGGAGUUCAGAAUUUGCAUACAUUGCUUUAGAUAUUCCAAAUCGUAAGAGAAUUUAUAUAAUUGAACCAAAAUUCCAAUCAAAGAAUUAUGUCCCAAAAUUCAAUCAAGAUGGGGGAUUCUUAGGUCUCAAAUGGGGUCCUAAAAAAGAAUAG